GGAGUCUAAGCGACCCAAACAAGAGACGGCGAGGCGGAGCACACACCCGCUCACCUUCUGCUCCAUUUUUUAGUAUUUUCGCCGCCAUUUUACGCUCCCAGGAUGAGUGACGACAAGGAGCUGGCGGCGCUGAGGGCGAGGCGUCUGCAGGAGCUCCAGGGCAUGCAGAACCAGCAGCAGAAGCAGGAGGAGAUGCAACAACAGCAGACGCAAGCCAUCAACAGCCUACUGAAUCAGGUGUUGGACCAGCAGGCGCGCGCACGGUUGAAUACUAUCAGUGUGGCCAAGCCUGAACGCGGCCGCCAGCUGGAGUCUGUCAUUGUGCAGAUGGCCACGUCAGGUCAGCUGGCCGGCAAGCUCACCGAGGCGGACCUGGUCAACCUGGUGGAGAGGGUCAACGCACAGACUCAGAAGACUACGUCCGUCAAGUUCGACCGACGACGCGCAGCUUUCGACGACGAUGAUGACUGGUAGACUGCCCCCCCCUGUACCCCCAUACCCCUGACUCACCCCUCCCCUCCCUCCCCACUCCCCACUAUUACCAACACCCCCGAGGCAAGAUAUUUACAUGGGCCGAUAUUCCCUCGUCACUGUUGCCAAUGUGUUUACGAGUUUCUCUCCUUUUCUUUCCUUCUCUGGUCCUAAUCCUGGUGCCUAUUUCUUAACACAGGGAGACAACUAACUACCUAACUACCUAACUCACUGUAAUAGGUCAGCGUAAUCCACAGCAGCACGAUUUGGCUGGUGAUUACGAGGGACCGGCAAAUGGACUGAGUGUGUUUUGGCGAGGUUGCAAAGCGUACCAGUGUGGGCCAGCGUGCUAGACCUCCCGGUGGCACAAACAGCGUGUCCGUUCUCGUCCCAGGUCGACCGAAAAACAGCUCUACAGUAAACACCCGUGAUAUCGCGGUUCAAUUUUCACGGUCCCGGUAUUUUGCGUUUUUUUCUGUAAGACGUAUUAAUUUUGAUUUCGCGUAUAUUUUGGCCAUUCCGCAGCAUUGUUUAUGGGUUUAAAUUCCGCGCGUCACGAUUGAAUUGCCGUACGAACCGAUCUAGCCAAUGAGAGCGUCGGUACUGUUUUCUCGGCUGCUGAUUGGCUGUUGUGUUCUGGAAGCAUCUCGUAGGGAGGGAAGCUGUUGGUCUUGUUCAUUCUUCCUUCUUUUUUCUCUUUUUUCUUUCAUUCCUUUCUCUUUGCAUUCUUUCAUUCCUCUCUCUCUCUCUCAAUUUCAGUCCUUUCUCUCCUCUUCUUUCUCUCUCUCUCUCUUUCCUUCUUCCUUCUCCUUCCUUCCCUUCUUUGUUUCUACCCCUACAGUGUAAGGUGUGUUUAUAUUGUUUUAAAAGUGUGUUUAAAGACCUCACAAUGCUUUGAAAACUACCGUAAGAGUUAUAAAAACAUGCCGAGGGUGGAUUUGAAUAGAGGAUUUCUAUUUAGCGGAUUUUCACUUAUCGCGGGUGGGUCUGGAAUGUAACCCCGCGAUGGAGGGCGGAUCACUGUAUUUGCUUUUUCUUUCCUUCCUGUGCGGACCAACUUGCUAGGCUUCCCGACAGCACUAACAACUCGUCCGUUUUCGUCUCAG